CUCCUAACGGAAGAAACUAUCUCGCAGCGCCACCAAACUCUCCCCCCGGCGCAGACGUCGUCGGCGCGCGAAGCCAUGCAGUCCUUUUACUGCCAGCUCUGCCAGAAGGGCUACUCGCGCAUGAACGAAUACGAAGCCCACCUCAGCAGCUACGACCACAGCCACAAGCAGCGGCUCAAGGACAUGAAGGCCAUGGUGCGCGACCCGACCGCCGCCGCCCGCGCCCGGCGCCAGGAGCAGAAGGCCGACGGCGUCAUCAGCAUUAAGCUGGGAGCCGCGGCGGGCGCAGGAGCAGGAGCGGGAGCAGGAGCAGGAGCGGGAGCCGGCGGCGGGUUCAAGAAGGGCGGGUUCAAAAAGGCCGGGUUCAAGGCCGCCUUUGUGCCCGUCGGAGGAAGCGCAGCUCCGGCGGCGAAGGAGGAGCAGAAACAGGACGAGCAAGAAGCGAAGCCGAGUUUGCCGGCGGCGGCGGCGGCGGCGGUGAAAAGUGACCUGGUGGAGAGCGACACCGAGGAUGAAGGGUAUGAGGUAUAUGACCCGCGCAAGCCUACAGACUGAAGGAGGGAGUUAGGCGAGCAGGGAAGAAGCAGAGACGGCCCCAACAGCAACAGGCACCAUCUCGGAUGGGAUUUUCGAAGACGGUCCUCGAAGACGAGGAGGCUAUCCAGACGAUAACACACUCGUCGAUGACGAG